AUCUCCAUUUGACUGACAAUCUUUCUUUCUUUGCAGUUUAUAUCUGAGGACAAUCUGAAUAUAAUGGAUGGAGGCAACCGGUCUGUUGUGUCAGAAUUUAUACUCCAGGGACUUGCCCACUCAAAAAAUAUUCAGGUCUUACUCUUUGUGAUAUUUCUGAUCCUUUAUCUGUUCAUUGUGUCUGGAAAUAUUGUCAUCCUGACCUUAAUAACCACUGACCCCCAUCUGCAUUCUCCCAUGUACUUCUUGUUGGCCAACCUGUCCUUUGUUGAUAUGUGCCUUGCCUCAAACAUCACUCCUAAGAUGAUCACAGAUUUUCUCAGGAAGAACAAGACCAUUUCCUUUGCAGGAUGCAUAUCCCAGGUCUUUUUAUCCCAUUGUAUUGCUGGAGGAGAGAUGGUAUUGUUGGUGGCAAUGGCUUAUGACCGCUAUGUAGCCAUCUGCAAACCACUCCACUACUUUACCAUCAUGAACCUUAAGAGAUGCACUGGGUUGGUGUUGACUUCUUGGACCAUUGGAUUUAUACAUGGUAUAAGCUACUUGGUAGUGUUUGUGAAGCUGCCUUUUUGUGGUCCCAAGGAAAUAGACAGUUUCUUUUGUGACAUGCCCUUGGUAAUCAAGCUAGCCUGCAUGGAUUCCCAUNAUUUAAAUACUUUAAUGAAUGCUGAAUGUGGGGUUGUGGUUGUAACCUGCUUUAGUCUCUUGCUUGUAUCCUAUACCUACAUCCUUGUCACUGUUAGCAAGAGCUCUAAAGCUGGAGCAUCUAAGGCUCUGUCCACUUGCAGUGCCCACAUCACUGUAGUGAUGAUCUUUUUUGUGCCCUGUAUUUUCAUCUAUGUGUGGCCUCUCAGCAUCACCUGGUUUGACAAAUUUCUUGCUGUGUUUUACUCUGUUAUUACUCCUCUCCUAAAUCCAACCAUUUACACACUGAGAAAUAAAGAGAUUAAAAAUGCCAUGAAAAGGUUCAUAGGCAAAUUUUUAGGUCCCAAAAGAAAUUCUUAAUAUCCAGAAUUGUGUUGUAAUUUCCUCACAUGUUAAG